AUGAAAUUCACGAGCGUCGCCCUUGCCGUGUUGUGCUGUUCGGCGGUUUACGCCAUGGCGGAAGAGGCUCUUCGGCAUCGACCGGAAUUCCCGUCCUUGGAGGCGGUUUCCGAUGAUCAGGUGCAUUCCAGGACCAAGAGGACCAUCUUCCUGAAGAAGAAGCUCCUGGGAGCCGGCCUGCUUGGAUUCGGUCUUGGAAUAGCGAAGGGUUACAAAGCCGGCUUCCUGACGGCGCCUCCUGUUCAUCACGUUUACGUGGCACCUCCUUCACCUCCUGUGAAAUAUAUCGAGUACGUGGAGCGUCCUGUGUACGUCGAAAGGAUCGUCGAGAAGCCGGUCUUCAAAUCGGAGCACGUGGAGUACGAACACGGAUGGUCGCAGCCGGAACCUCCUUCUGGAUAUGGCCGCUGGUGAGGGAAGCGACGUCAUUGCUGAUCCUUCCUGGUCCCAGCGAGGAGGUCGUUGCUGGUUGCUCACCCC